AUGUGUUGUGCCGUUUGUUUCCCCACUGGGCCUCUGGCGUUCGCGAUGAUUGUGCUGCCGAUUCCGUACGGGCGGAAACACGUUGGCAGGAAAGCACUGUUGAGUAGUGACCUAUGUGGCAUGACCACAGACCCUUUUUGGCGUGACAUACAACCGACAUCGAAAGAUAUCGAAAGCUCGCUCACCCUCACUCGCUGGGCCGCCGCCGCCGCCGCCGAGGCCGCCGCUGCACAGGGUCUGGCCCGGCGUCGGAAUGCGGAGGAGGAGGCGGUUCAUCGCCUCGGUCCUCGCCCCUCGUCUUGUUUACUGUGUCACCUCGGGCAGCGGCAGUGGGCAACCAUAAUAGCGACGAUGACCACCACCACGAUCACUACCACCGAUCACCCGUCACCCAGCGGAGCAGAACCAACACUCACGCGAGUGUCGUGA